GGGUGGAGACGUAGCGUAGAGGCUGUGCUGUGCUGGGGUGCAUAGUGCACGCGCGGGGCGCGGGGCGCUCCGGCCGCGCGGACAGGCCUCCCGUCAUUCGUACCGCGCCCGCCGACCGAGCGAGACGCGCGUUUUGUUCGAUCGUGUCGCGAAGUUCGCCACUCCCGUGAGACGGCGUGUGUUGUGACUGACUAUAAACUUAGUGGUGUAAAAAUAAAGCCGGCGACAGACGGCGGCGUCCCGGGUUAUAUUUAAAUGAUAGCGCGGACUCGGAGCCGGGCUCGCCUCCACUCGUCGACGACAUGAGGCUAAGCCGGGGCAUAGACUGCGAGUGCGCGGGCGCGAGCGCGUGCCCGGACGGCUCCAACAACGGCACCUGCACCACCCAGGUCAACGGCUACUGCUUCGCCACCGUCGAGGAGGUGGAGACCGAGGCGGGCCUGGUCGAGCUCGAGCGCACCGCCGGCUGCCUGCCGCCCGACGAGUCGGGGUUCAUGCAAUGUAAAAGCUCCCAAGUGCCGCACAGACACCCGAAGGUGAUCGAGUGCUGCAACGAGAGCGACCUGUGCAACAGGCGGCUGCAGCCGCGCCUGCCGCCCUACCUGUCGGGCACGGAGCCGCCCGCGCUGGAGCCGGCGCCCGGGCCGGCGCCGUCGCUGCUGGUGGCGGCGGCGCUGGGCGUGGCGCUCGUGGCCUUCCUGGCGGCCGCGCUGCUGCUGUGCCGCCGCCGCCGCCGCGCCGGCAAGCGCCCGCCCUCGCCGCCCGCCGCGCUGCCCGCCGACCUCAGCUCCGGCUCCGGCUCCGGCCUGCCGCUGCUCGUGCAGCGCACCGUCGCCAAGCAGAUCCAGAUGGUCGAAUCCAUCGGCAAGGGCCGCUACGGCGAGGUCUGGCUCGCGCGCUGGCGCGGCGAGCGCGUCGCCGUCAAGGUCUUCUUCACCACCGAGGAGGCCUCCUGGUUCCGGGAGACCGAAAUAUAUCAAACCGUCCUCAUGCGCCACGAGAACAUCCUCGGCUUCAUCGCCGCCGAUAUUAAAGGGACCGGCUCCUGGACGCAGAUGUUGCUCAUAACGGACUACCACGAGCGCGGCUCGCUGCACGACUACCUCCAGACGGCGGUGCUCGACCCGCCGGCGCUGCUCACGAUGGCCUACAGCGUCGUCUCCGGCCUGGCGCACCUCCACAUGGACAUCUUCGGCACCAAGGGCAAGCCGGCGAUCGCCCACCGCGACAUCAAGUCCAAGAACAUCCUCGUGAAGCGCAACGGCCAGUGCGCCAUCGCGGACUUCGGCCUCGCCGUCCGCUUCGUCGCCGAGCGCGACGAGGUCGACAUCGCGCCCAACACCCGCGUCGGCACGAGACGCUACAUGGCCCCGGAGGUGCUCGCGGAGACGCUGCAGGUGACAGAUUUCGAGGCGUUCAAAAUGGCCGACAUGUACUCGCUGGGGCUAGUCCUGUGGGAGAUGUGCAGGCGCUGCGCGGCGGGCGACCGCGCGCAGCAGGUGGAGCCCUACGCGCUGCCCUACCACGACGUGGUGCCGCCGGACCCCAGCUUCGACGACAUGCACGCGGUCGUGGUGGCGCGGGGCAUGCGGCCGCCCAUCCCCUCCCGCUGGGCGAAGCAUCCGGCCGUGGCCGCGCUGGCGGCGCUAAUGGCGGAGUGUUGGCACCACAACCCGCCCGUGAGACUCACGGCGCUGCGCGUCAAGAAAACGCUCGCAAAGUUCCACGCGGACUGUGACGUCAAACUCGUGUGAUUGUGAACACAGACUAGACGAGAGACCCCGAUGACCAUUAGUGUCAGCUGACUGUGUCGUGUUACGUGUUGAGUUCCUCAGUUCUAUUUAUUUUUAAUUCGCGUCGCCGAACCGACCACCGUCUUUAAUCUCAGUAUUGUUAAGUUUGAAGCGGCUCUUAUACCAGUGACUGGAGCGUCGAGCCAGAAUCUCUGUACAUACGACUGGAUGUAGUUCCGUAUUUAGUUUCGACUUAUUACCUGUUACGUUCUCGCCGAUACCGUCUCUUUUACACUGUAGAAAACGGAUAGAGACAGCGUGUUUCUUAUCUAAUGUCUAAUAUUUUAGGGUAUCGACGAUAAUGUGACGCGUCUUAGUUAUCCAUGAAGAAAAAAAUGAUGCGAAUUCGUUGUCUUCCGUUAUUGUAAGCGAUGCCACAGAACAAAUGAUACAAAACGUCCACUCUACAACACCGGUCACUAAUUUCAAUAUGUAAUUAACCGGACCCGAAGCCGUUAUGGACAUUGUAAAUAGUCUAUUGUAUAAUUUAUUCUGUGGUCAUAUUGGCGUCCUAUACGACCGCGACAGAAAUAGAUCAAGACUGUGAAUUAGGUAAACAACCUGAUCUCAUCUUGCCUUGACCACUAUCAUCGGUCGUAUAAACGUCUAGGGAGCUCAUUCUGAAACGUACAUUGAUGUAUCAGUAUCAUAUCUAACGCUCGCUUUAAAGUUGAGCUAAAUGUUAACUGGUAUGAUAUUAGCAUUAAAUGUUCGUUUCUGAAUAUUGUGUCUAGUGUCGGCAGCUCAGCAAUACUCACGUUUAAGUUUCUAUUCGUAAUAUGUUUGUGAGAGGGACGUAAUGAAAUUGUGAUAUUUUUGACAAUAACUAUGUCUCCAAUACGAAAUGUUUUGUACAGUACCUCAUUAUUUUUUGAAAAUGCCUUAGCAACGUUUUAUUUUAAGGAUUCCUCUCGAGGUUGCUCGUAAUUUUGGAUGAACAUUGAGUCAGAUAUUGCCCUACUUUGCUGUUUUUAUUUUAUUUUAUUAAUAUUCUGUAUUAAUAUUAUAACACGUUAAUUAUUGAACAAAUUCUGGUACAAGUUGUCAACUUGUAGUACCUAACUUAUUUUCUGUAAUAAGUUUGCCUGUGAGAAGCUAGUAAAUCUCUUAGCUAGCCUCAUACCAAGCUAAUCUGGACGAGAACAACUCACAAAUAAUUAAUAAACAAAUCAUAGAAAAUAUGAACCGAAUUUUGGAAGAACAUAUCCAAGCUAAAGCACGCUUCGCCGCGGUAACAGACAACUACACAGAAAUAUGUAUAUGUUACAAUGAAAUUACUAAUAUUUUACAAAAAGAUACCCAGGGAAGGGCAGUCUGUGAGAAACACAUUCGUUCAAUUGAUUAUGUGAUAGGAAACAUCAGUGCCAUAAUGGAUCUAUGCAAAACAGGGGCCCCCACCGGCAAGAAUGUGGAACAGGCUAAAUUUUUAGUUCUAAAUAUUAACAGUGAUAUGAAGAAAAUGUUAGAAGAAUUAGCAGAAAUAAAAAAAACAGGAGUUAAUCAAGCAGUAAGGAAAGUUGAGACAGAAGCAGUUAGAGGAAAAAAGAGAACAACAAGCGAAGGCAAUAUUGCUCAAACUGAAAAAAGUUUAACCUAAAAAAAUCUCAUUUAUUCUCAACAAGAAUUAAAAAGCUUUUUAGAACCAACUACUUCCAAGAAUUAAAAAGCUUUUAAGAUAAAUAUGUAUACCAAUGUAAAGAUUUGCUUGAAAAUGUAAAUGUGUUCAGAUUUAACUGCCAGAAAAUUCUAAAUACUCAAUGCAAUAUCCUCUGUAAGUGGAAUCCACAUGAAAGAUAUGACAAAGUUGCUAAGCGUCCGAGAGGUGAGCAAGUACAAACUAGAUACCUACGUCACAGCAACACAGCAUCCUCAGGGACUGUUACUGUACUGCUUUAGGUCAGCUAUUAGGCGAGUAGGUCAACUCAUCACUCAAAUACAAACUGAAGCGUUUGGACGUGUUUUGUUUGCAUAUAAAUAUUUUUCUUCUACUUUUAGACCAAUGAAAUUAGAUCCAUAAAAUGCGUUAUGAGGAAUUAAUUUCCAGAAAGCUGGAAAUCGUUUUAAUACCUUCAUUUGGUCCUGAAUGCUUGUAAUCCGAGUUUGCGUAAUCCCAGAAGGUGUGCAUAAGUUUUGGGAGCCUUGGGAGAUACAUUUUUCCUUGGAUCGAACCACUCGAUUACACGCAUUUAGGACCAAAUGAAGAUUUUAAUACGUCUUCCAGCUUGCUGGAAAAUAAUUCUUCGAAAAAAACUAAUUUUAUUGGCCUAUUUUUAACAAGUAGGUAUACCUAAUAAAUUGAAGGAACCAUAUACGUAGUUGUGUUAGUACCAUAGUUACGAUGCAUGUACCAUUUUUCAAGGCCCUGUAUCAUGUAAAAUUAAGGGGUGUCCAUACUAGUACAGUCAAGGUAUUAAAUAUCGACACGGACAAAGUGCCAAAAAUAUGUAUACACGACCUUAUUGCCCAUGCCUUAAAGUAGUGUUUACAUAUUUUGGCACUUUGUCCGUGUAGAUAUGUAAUACCUUGACUGUACAGUCAGCGUCAAAUACUUUGUGGCAGUCAAAGUGGCCAAAUAGUUCGGUACACCAUACUAAAUAUAUGGUGUACCGAACUAUUUGGCUACUUUGGUUGCUACAAAGUAUUUGACGCUGACUGUACCAUAAUUUUACACAGUUUAUUUUUAGACGUUUGUAUGGGGUAUCAUAUUUUUUUGCAAAUUUGUAUCAUAAAUUUAAUGUUCAUCUUCAUCACUGCCAUAUAUUUUAUGCAGACAAAUCAUGUGAUAGCUAAAAUACUUAGUAAUGAAAUCGAGAGGGAUCCUUCAGACUAAUGAAUUGUACUUAAAAUGAACAAACUGAUGAAAAAGACUAAUAUUAGUGAAGUAUUAAAGACUUGAUAAUGUGCAGUGUCUUAAGAGAUGCCUUCGCCACGUGUAGUAUUAACAUAUUAUAGUACGUCGCGAAGCGCUUGGUAAAAAAACUUACCGUUGAAGAUAAGCUGUGAUAAACAGUUGCAUUUGAUUUUAAAUAUUACGAUACCAAGAGUGAUUAUCUAAACUUAAGGGCUAUAAGUCCCAAGGGUUCUGUUUUCUUACUAUGAUGAAAUGAAAUACAAUUGCGUCAACCAGUACAAUAGUAUACUUCAGAUCCUUGCUUUCUAGUAAGAGAGGUAUGCCGUAUGUUUGCACUAAAUGAAUUGUGCUCCUCGUAAAAGUGUAAAAAUUUUUCUAUAUAAUGUGUUAUUUGAUCUGGAUCAUUUGACCGCCGUCUGAUAUCUACAUGAAGUUUACAGCUCAUAAGAACUAACUACAAUAAAAUUGAGCCAUCAUAGACGGAGAGCUAUUUUGUCUUAUUUUACAGGACUUGGUGGUUAAAUUAUAAAGCAAAACUUAAUGCACUCUUAGUCCCGAAGUGCCUUGGCCAUUCUGCCUAUUCUGAACGAACAAUUAUAAAAAUGUUAUUUAAAACGGUAUAUAAUUACGAAAGUAUGUUAUGAAACCAAGCGCUAGCGUAGCAUUUACUGGCGCAUACGCGCGUGUACAUUGUUGUAAAUAUAGCGGUUAAAUAGUUAAGUUACGAAUAAAAUAUUAAUGGACAUAUA